GCUGAAUCUUUCCUUUAUUAUAAGAAACUGAUGAUGUAUUCUUUGAUCUUUGUUACAGGUAAAGAACCGCUAAUCUAUCCUUAAUAGUCAUAUGUCUUUUAAUUCAUUUGUGUGGUUUCUCUUCUCCUUUUGGAAGAUAGCAUUGAUAUUAGUUUGGAUGAGGACAUUGUGACUAAAACUUCUCUUAUAAUCUUUACUUUUGUCAUAGGGUUAUGGUUGUUGUAAGUAAAGGUUUGGGGUACGUUGUGCCUACUAAUUGUUGGUCAGCUGUUAGCUCUUUAGCAAUGGUUGUUUGGGAUGACCCUAAUCCUAUGGAUUUCCAAACUACAAAAGAUGCUUCAGCGGCUCAAGAAUCGAAUGCAGCAGGCUGUAUACAAAUCAUUUUGGUGGCCCUUUUUCCCAUAGAGGUGGGAGAUUCAAGUUCAAUGCACAAAGAUUCUCAAGGAUUGGGUUCCUCACUUGUUCCUCUAAUGAGUCAAGAAUCUGCCCACGAACAAGGCAACAACAAUGAACACGUCAGUGUUCAUACUGAAGCAUCUAGUUUUACCCCUCCCGUCCAAAAUGAACCCGUCAUUCAACAAAAUGUUGGGAAUAACCCAAACGCUGGCGGUCAACCUGACCUUGUGAUUCCAACUUUUCUGGCUAAUGUGUUACAACAGAUAGCCAACGCACCAAUAUUUCAACCACCUCCACCACCGCCACCUCGUGUAAUAACCUACAAGACACUAAGGGAUAACGGUGCCGAAAUAUUCCUUAGAGAUCGUAUCGCGGAACCCCAGGUCGCGUGGGACUGGAUCGAGCAAACUGCUCGAGUGUUGGAGGAUUUAAAUGUACUAAUUGAUAACUAUCCUAGGCUCGCUUCUCAACUACUACGCAAGGAAGCCUACGAAUGGUGGAAGAGAACUGACGAAAGUGCAGAAACCCCGAAACCUUGGACUUGGACCCAUUUCGAGUGGGCAUUCAAACAAGAAUAUAUUCCCAAACGUUUUUGUGAGGAAAGACGUAAGGAAUUUGUGGAACUGCAACAAGAGGGUAUGACACUACCCGAGUACCGUCAGAAGUUCACUCGUCUUGCCAAGUUUGCACCAACAUUGGUGAGCACCCCAACAGACCGCAUCGAAGAGUUCAGGAAUAAACUUCGACCUGACCUUAGGUCGAGAGUAUCCAUCUUGACCACGGUGGAUUUUGCGGCGGCUUACGAUCUAAUAGCCAAGGCAGAUAAUGACUUGAAUGCCUGCAAUGAAUCUGUACAAACUCAGCCGAUGGAAUCCGUUGAUAAGUCCAGAAAGCGGAGAUAUCCUGCUUGCGAACACUGUGGGAGAAAUCACCUGGGAGAAUGCUGGCUUAAACAAGGGUUAUGCCUCGGCUGUGGAAAACCAGGACAUUUCAAAAAGGAGUGCCCUACAAAUCCUGGAGAACCAUUUCCAUAUACCCCCAUUGCUAGUCAGUCGGCAUCAGCACGACCCGCACCAAGUCAACGCUCAACAGCGGGGUUUAAACCAGCCAAGAAUCAGAACCAACAACAAGGACGAGCUCCUGCUCGUACAUAUGCAAUGAAGGCACGAACUGAGGAAAACCCUGACGUCAUUCAGGGGCAUAAGUUCUCUGCCAAUCUUGUCGAACUACCGUACAAAGAAUUUGACAUCAUCAUUGGAAUGGAUUGGCUCACCAAACACCAAGCAGUUAUCGAUUGCCAACAACGAACGAUCCAACUAAAGUCUGCAAAAGGAAAGUCUAUAGAGGUGAAAGAAAAGCUAACACCUAGAUCCACUGAAUGCAUCUCGUACGUACAUGCUAGGCGUCUCAUUCGGAAGAAAAGCUUAUCUGUGUAACAUACGUGACACACGAAAGGAAACUCCUGAGUUGAAAGAUAUACUGACAGUAUGUGACUACCCUGACGUAUUUCCUGGCGAACUUCCUGG